AUGCAGCUUCCUCCGGCCUCUGUCAUUCUCGCAUGGCCGAAGCCAAACUAUGAGAAUCCAUCAGAAGUUCACGGUCCGGCCAUUCUCAUAUUGACUAUGAUAUUUGUGCCUUUGACGCUAUUUCUCCUUUUUGCUCGCAUAUACACACGUCUCCGGAUCUCGAGAAGCUUUGGCGCGGACGACAUACUUAUCAUCAUCGCUACAGUUCCCGCCAUUGUCUGUGGUCUUAUUACGGCUUGGGCAGCCCUCAAACUCGGCUGGAAUCGACACGUUUACGACGUGCCAUUUAAUCAGCUCCAGCUUGGAUUGAAGUUGGUCAUUGUCGUGGAGGUCUUCUUCAGUAUCGGUGUUGGGUUCACGAAACUGUCGCUCCUAGCCUUUACCUUGAGAAUCAUGAAGGGCAGCGCGAACAAAAUGCUGGAAAAUAUUGUCAUUAUCACUAUGGCGGUUAUUGGAGUUUAUACCAUUAUCUUUGUCUUUUUUGUCAUUUUCACCUGCAAGUACGUUGCUACAUUCAAGUCCUUUCCUGCUCUUGCCUCUCCUCUAUUUCGCCUGCUAAUCUAUAAGUACUCCAGCCCCAUACACCUCUACUGGACCUUAUCAACUAAACCUCAAAAUUGCAUUGACGAAGGUGCUCAUCUUCGUGCCAGCGGUGUCAUCAACACGUUGACUGAUUUACUCGUUGUUCUCCUGCCAAUUCCAACUGUCAUGUCCCUCAAGCUAUAUGCCCGACAACGGUUUAUCCUUGCUCUUCUUUUCGGAACUGGCUUUAUAAUCGUCAUAUCGGGCUCCAUUCGGGCCUUCUUUACCUACCGUCUGAGCAGAUCCUAUGAUAAGACAUGGGACGCUUAUCCGCUCUGGGUUGCUGCAACAGUCGAGAUGUACCUCGGCAUUAUUGCUGCAUCAAUGCCAACCCUCAAGCCGUUCUUUUCGCGCUUCCUCACCCCUAUCUUCGGCAGCAUUCUGUCUCAGCGAGAUGCGGCCUCCUCACUAUUCUCACAAUUGAAGAGAAACCGCCGUGCGGGUAAUAGUAAGGCCAGAAUGAUGGAUAGCAGCCAGGCCACAACAGUGGUUAAUGGCGACCUGGAGUUCAGCAACUUGAGCAAAGGCAAAAUGGGGGUGUUAUCCGCCAACGUUUCCAGAUACAGCAGUUCGAGGAUAAGUUUACACUCGAUGGACGCAACGUCGCAAUCCGAGUUGAGGACAGGUGGAAAAUGA